CGAUAUUUUGAAUGAUGCCGUCGUCCUGUUUCCUGUUGUGAAUAUAUUCCCAGUUGAGAGAAGGCUUGGAGAUGUUUUCUAUAUGUCAAUUAGGUUGUGAAAGGACUCACAAGCGAUGUCUUACUUGCUAUACUGAAUUUUGGCACUUUUCGAACUCAAAGGCCUGGCUGGAAUGGCGUAUUUACCAGGCCUAACAAGAGCCCAACUCUCGAUGAUAAUUAACCUCACAGACAACUAAUAUUACAGUCUUCCCAUUCAACCUACAUCGAAACCCAAUAGAGACAGGUAAGUAAAAUUACACUUUCAACGCUCCCCAGAACACUCCCACUGACCAUACAUUCAAAGAAACCAACACCAACAACCUCACCACAAUGACCCUCAGCAAAAUCCUCCGAUUCCUCCCCAACAUCUUCGGAACAAUCUUCAUCCUACUCGGCAUCAAUGCAGUGAUCCGACCCUCGCACGCCCUCACAUUCUACCAGCCAUUCUCCUUCCCCAAAAACGCUUCUGAUGCCGCGCUCGUCGAAGCUCUCAUGACUAUCUACGGCGCAAGAGAUAUCUUUAUGGGUUUAGCUAUGUAUAUUGCUUCCUAUUAUCGGAAUUAUAAAAUAUUGGGUUGGGUGGUGAUGGCUGGUAGUGCGGUGGCGUUUGUAGAUGGUUGGGUUUGUUAUCGGGCUGGAGGGGGAGAGGGUGAUCAUUGGGCUUAUGCACCUGUACAUAUGACUGUGGGGGUUUUGUUAGUUUUGGGGUUUUGACUCUUGAGUAAGGUUUGAUUAUCUAUCACUUUGGGAAUGUAGGGUGAUAAUCAUUGGCGAGGGGAUCACAAGCUAGUUCUUAUUCUGCUGUAGUGUCGUAGCUGGCUGUGGUUGGACUGUAUAAUAUUUGCGCCGUUGGACAUGCCUCUCGAUUGAAUACAUCAGUCUAAAAGAUGU